AUGUCUAGCGAGCUAGCGCCCCUUAACAUCCGACCAGUUUGGUUAAAAAUAGUAUAUUUUGCGUACCUACAUUACGGUACCAUUUUGGGUACUUACUACUUGUUAACAGCGGCCCAAUGGAAAACAAUUCUAUGGACCUAUUUAUUACUCCUUUCGGCCACUCAUGGUAUUGCAGUGGGUGCCCAUAGAUUAUGGGCCCAUAGGGCUUACAAAGCCAAACUACCAUUGCGCCUCCUUCUGGCCUUUGACCAGACUUUAACAUUCCAGAAAGAUAUAUAUGAUUGGGUUCGAGACCAUCGAAUCCAUCACAAGUACUCUGACACAGAGUACGACCCCCAUAACGCAACCAGAGGGUUCUUUUACAGCCACAUUGGUUGGCUGAUGAUUAAAAAAUCGGAUAAAGUUAUCGCAAAAGGGAAAGAACUAGACUUGAGUGAUUUGGAGCAAGACCCAGUAGUAUGGUACCAAAGAAAGUACUACUGGUAUAUGGCACCGUUUCUCGCCUUUAUUUUCCCAGCUAUGGUACCAUGGUACUUUUGGUCGGAACAGUUCAAAGUCUCAUGGUACCUUUGCAGUAUUUUUCGCUUAUGUGUUACUCUACAUGGUACUUGUUUGGUAAACAGUGCGGCCCACAUUUGGGGCUCCAAACCAUACGAUAAAAAUAUUAAACCAGUGGAAACGUCAUGGGUGGCUCAUAUUAGUCAUGGUGAGGGUUGGCAUAACUACCAUCAUGUCUUCCCAUGGGAUUAUAAAGCUGCAGAAUUGGGGUCAUAUUAUGGCAAUUGGAAUACGGCCUUUAUUGAUUUUAUGGCCAAAAUUGGGUGGGCCUAUGACCUUAAAAGCGCCCCAUUGGACAUGGUCAAAAAAAGGGGGGAGAGGACGGGCGAUGGCACCAAAUUGUGGGGCUGGGGGGAUGAGGAUAUGGAUAAGGAAGAUGUGUGUAAGGCGAAAAAUUAA